GGGUUAUCCGGUGGCCAUUACUUGUAUGCUCGGAUCUUGGAGGGAUUUAAUUUCGACUUCUUCUCUCCAUUUGCGUCGAUGGGAAUUGGGAGUCCAGGCAGUAUGGCAAUUGAUUGUUAUUUACUGAGACACUGGGCCGUCUCGUCCGCCGUAAUCUUACUACCGUUCACCUUGCGCCUCCAAGCAACCAAUUAUAUCGCCGCAUUAGAGACAUCAUGAGCUUGAAAUGUGUCGUCAACAACAUUAAAGAUCAUAAAUCGAGUUAAAAUAAUGAUAAAUUAGCCUCUCGAGCUCUGUCAUCAUGUUCGGGGCCCUAAACCGGAUCAUCGGCCGCCUGGACGCGGAGCCGGAGCAGCAGCACCCUCUCCACCGCGCCUCCGGCUUCCAGGUCCUCAGGAACGCGAACCCAGAUAUCCCCAUCGAGCCGUGGUUUGAUUUCGUGAUCGGCAUCAAUGGACGCAGUAUCGACAGCCCGGAUCCCGACCUCUUCGCGACGGAGGUGCGGAAUUGCGGAGGCACGUCGAUAAGUCUGGGGGUGUGGAGCGCAAAGGGACAGAGGAUUCGCGAACUGUACGUGCAGGUCCCGAAGGACGCGCCCGCGCUGGGCAUGUCGAUGCAGUGGAACCCGUUGAAUUCGACGGAGGACGUCUGGCAUAUCCUGGAUGUCACGGCGAAUUCUCCGGCAGACCAAGCUGGGCUGCUACCGUAUGGCGAUUACGUCGUUGGGAGCCCCGAGGGUGUGGUGCGGGGCGAGUCUGGGUUAGGUGAACUGGUUGAAGAUUUCCUCAACCGCCCUCUCAGACUAUACGUCUAUAACCACGAAUACAACGUCGUCCGCCCCGUCACUAUCACUCCGUCCCGCAGCUGGGGCGGCCAAGGCGCCCUAGGCUGCGUCCUCGGCUUCGGUGCCCUCCACCGCAUCCCUCCCCCACUCGACGAACCCCCCCAAGCCCCUGGCGAAACCCUCUACGAAACCCCCUCCGACUCCCGCCCCCCCAGCUCCAUCUCCACCGAACACCCCGCCCCCACCCCCACACCUGCUACCAAUCUUCCCAGCCACGGCGACUUCCUCGUCCCCGCGAACCUGCUGCAGUCUCCGCCGCCGCCCAAAUCCCCCGAUGCGCCGGCCGCCCACGGCGUGAAGCAUGGGCGGAAGGGACGGCAUCAUGCGCCGCAUGCACGAGCGGGCAGCCCGGGGAACGCGAUGGAUGCGUAUUUUGCGGAGGGGGAGGAGAAGAGUCGGAUGGAGGAUCGGGAACCGUCGAGGGCGGGGGGAGGGGUGCCGCCGCCGCCGAAGUCAGGGCCACCGAAAUCAGGAGGGCCGCCGAGAGGACCGCCGAGAGCGAAUGUGGAAGAGGCGCCGGAGGAGUGAGGAUGAUGUUUUGGGGCGGGAAAAGUUCGAGGUGGCUGGCGGAGAUAUAUUUGAGGGUGUCUCGAUUCAUGGAUUGGCGUUCCUCUCGACUAUGGCUAGGAGGUCUGCGUCGAAUGUGGUGUAAUAGGGUACAUCGUCCAGAUGCUCGAGGAAGCGCGAUGUAUGCCG